UCCGCUGGCACGUCACAACUCCUAGCUCCUUCUGCAUCAUAGAUUCCGCAUCAAAGUUUUUGAUCAUUCGAUGUUCCAGAAUGCCCCCGAUUUUAGCAACAGGAUUAAGAAGGCAUAAAACCUGGAAGGAAUAUUUCUUCGAUACCUUGCAAGUUGUUCAUUUUCUGAUAGCGAUGGGUUUCCUCUGGGCUGGAGUUGUUGAGUUCAUUAGAAAUCCACCAUACUUUGAUGCGUAUGGCGAUGCCACCACAUUAAAUGAUCUUCCUGAAGGAUUGUUUGAGACAGAUCCAAGGAAUAGCAACAGAGAGCAAUCUCUCCGUCUCAUGGAUCUUCCAAUCCUUUUUAUGCUCUCUAGCUAUUUUAUUGUUUCCUGGUGGUUAAAGUUCAAAGGGCUCUCAUGGAUUUUAACAGCCUGUAUCACCCUUGUGUUGCUUUGUUUCUUCUUUGUUAACUUCUGGGCUGUCCAAUAUUUUAACUGGAGGUAUUACAGCCCAAGAAUGAAGGGACUUGAAAUUCAAGUGUUUACUAUCACCCUGUCACUCACGUCAACAUUCACUGUGCUGUUUUACAAGAGAAAGAAGAUGCCAUUCAAAUUUAAGGCUACUCUGCCCAUCAAACCAUAUGGAAAGAUCCAUGUUUUCUGCAAUUUUGCAGUGAUGUUCGUGAUUGUUUACUUCUGCUUAAUGAUGUGGUUCUCUAAGCUCUAUGUUUCCUGGGCUUGCUUCAAAAACUACAAAGAAGUCCUGCUGUUAUGUCAGAGCACAGACAUGGUUCAGUGUUACCCGUGCGACAGCUGUGAAAAAGACGAACUGAAGGAAUGCGUCAAUGAGAAACACAAGAUGUUCCAUUGCCAAGAUGUUCAAAAAGAACAGAGAGCCUUUUGCUUAUUCAACUACAAUAUCAGUGUCUACCUCUUCCUCACAGUGUUUGCCUAUGUUGGUGGUCUUGUGGUUUUUCUCAGCAAGGUUUUCACCAUUGUCCUCCAUUACACCUUUAGAGCCUUCUUUCUGUUUAUGAACUGGUGUCGUAUUCAAAUAAGAGCCAGGGAAGGACACAGAGCUAGUGUGGACCUGCCCUACAUUCAUGAUCACUCUAAUGUAACAAUUCAAGAACCAUUCCAAUAUGUGGAAAGAACCAAUGGCAAUGAGAGUGAAGUUACAGACAAUAAUUGCCACUUGAACUCCAGUAUUGACACAUGUCACAUAGAGGAAGGAGAUCCGUUUGUUGAUGCUGUUAUAUCAUCGGAUUACUUUCAUUAAUGGGUUGGGAGGGAGGUUAAUGAGAUUAGUGUUGGUAAUAUAACACACUCUUCUGAUGUUUUAGGAUUAUUGAUGCGCAUUUGAACAUAUACGUAUGGAAUUUGCACACAACAAAUCCAUAAUUAUCAUUAUCAUUAUCAUUAUCAUCAUCAUUAUCAUCAUCAUCAUCAUCAUCAUUAUCAUUAUCAUUAUCAUUAUCAUUAUUAUUAUUAUUAUUAUUAUUAUUAUGCCCUGCAGAAUGUACAAUAGAUUACAAUGUACCCAGGACUCGCAAAGUGCCUCCAGUCAUCUUGGACAUGUACAUAUCUUGCCAGGCGAGUAACUUUUCAUUGCCACUUGCCGUUGGGCAAGGGACCAAGCAAGUUGUCUGCUAGGUAAUGAAAAAAAGUGAAUUAAGACUUACCCAGGGCAAACAAAAUUUGACUCAGAGUAACUUGUCUGAAGGGUGAGCUUGAAAUCAAGUUUUUUUUUUUUUUUCCUGGAGCUGUGCCAGCUAAAAUAUUGAUCAUUUGUUUGCAUUGCAUUGUAGGAUUCUUGCUAUUAACUUGCCUUAUCAUCUUGCACUAGAAACAAAAAACAUUUGCAAAAGUGGUGGAAGUGAAGAAGUAUAUAUUAAACAGAAAAAUUAUCCAAAUUAAAGAAAUGUAAAUCAUGAUCUAUGAUAACUUCAGGUGUACAUAGUUUUAAUUUAAAGUUGUGCAAUACUCCAUUUGUUACAAGAAAUAUACUAGUCUAUCAAUACUUAAGGAAUUAUUUGAAUCAAUAUUUGAAUAAGUUCAGAUUAAAAAUGUGAAAAUUUUGAAUAUUGCAUGUAAUUGACCAGGAUUUUUAAGCACAAAAUCCACCACAAAGCAAAUAUAGUCCUUUGUGGCAAUAAUAUCAUUACUGACAUUGUAUGCCAAACAGGCCAAGAGGGUUUACAAAUGAAAUUAAUCAAAGUAAAAAACAAACCAGAGUUAAAGUUUGUGAAUAAACUCCUUUUACCAGCUAA